UCCCUCUCAAUUUCCCGCUCUUUUCAUUUCAGUUCUUAUUCUCAUUUCUUCUAACUGCAACUCGGUCACGAACUUGAGUUCUUGACAGCACAUUCACCAAAAAAUGACUUAGCACAUUAAUUUGUGCUUGACGACGCUCUUCUGCUUGUCAAUUUAACGAAGCCCUUUCCUCCCUCCUUAGUCCAGUGAGAGUAGCGACGAGAAGGUUCUUUACAAAACGAGAAUACAAUACAAAACGAGAGAAACAAUACAAAACGAAAAACUAGAAAAAAAAUGUCCUCGGAGAAGUUCUCGGCUACACUGAGUAUAGGGGAUCUGAAUGAUUAUAUAGCACCAUCUCAGGGAUGCGUUGUUUCGUUCAAGGCUAAUUCCAAUUCUAAUCCCAAGCCUUCUACUUCCUCCUGCUCUUCCAGGCUCGAUAAAUCUUAUGCUGGGAACUCUGCUAAACUUGGGUCAGCUAUCAAACCAUUGGAAACUGAACCUGUAAAAAUUUCACUCAAUGACUGUCUAGCUUGCAGUGGGUGCAUAACCUCGUCCAAGACUGUGAUGCUUGAGAAGAAGAGCUUAGAUGAAUUUCUUUCUAAUAUCAAUAAAGGAAAGGCUGUCAUUGUCUCUGUGUCUCCCCAGUCUAGAGCUUCUCUUGGUGUUGCCUUUGGCCUUUCUCCGCUUCAGGUUUUCAAAAAGCUGACGACGUUAUUUAAGGCGUUGGGAGUGAAAGCUGUUUUUGAUACCAGCUGCAGCAGAGACUUGACACUUAUUGAAUCUUGUUAUGAAUUCAUAACUAGAUAUAGACAAUGUCAUUCUACUACUGAUAAGAAAUCCAAAUUGGGCCUACCCUUGAUUUCUUCUGCCUGUCCAGCUUGGAUAAACUAUGCUGAAAAAAAUCUUGGGUCAUAUAUUUUGCCUAAUAUUUCAUCAGUCAAGAGCCCUCAACAAAUCAUUGGAGCUAUUAUUAAGAACCACAUCUGUCAGAUGCUGUACCAAAGGCCGGAGGAUAUAUACCAUGUAACAGUGAUGCCAUGUUAUGACAAAAAACUCGAGGCUGUUAGGGAUGCCUUUGUAUUUCAACUUGAUGCACAAGGUGAAAAGAUCGUGGAGGUGGAUUCAGUGUUAACGACAGUAGAGUUGUUAGAUCUGAUAAAGUCAAAGUCAGUUGAUUUUGCAAGCUUAGAAGAGUUGCCGCUAGACAACUUGUUAACGAAUCUUGAUGACGGCAACCUCCUUUAUGGCGUCCGUGGAAGCUCUGGAGGAUAUGCGGAGACAAUAUUUCGUUAUGCUGCUAAAAAUCUUUUUGGCAAGGAAAUUGUUGGUCCUCUCAACUUCAAGACUAUAAGAAAUCCUAAUUUCCAAGAAGUGACACUUGAAGUAGAAGGAGAGACCGUCUUGAAGUUUGCUCUCUGUUAUGGUUUGCAAAACCUGAUACAGGUUGUUAAGAAAAUUGAUUCUGGAGAAUGUGAAUAUCAGUUUUUGGAGAUCAUGGCUUGUCCCUCAGGAUGCCUAAAUGGUGGAGGUCAAAUCAAGCGUAAGCCUGGUGAAUCUGUCCAGUCGUUGGAAUUGAAAUAUCUGGAAAAUGUUAUUGAGGCUGACCCUUUUGAAAAUCCCAUCAUUAAAGGAUUAUAUACUGAAUGGCUUGAUCAACCUGGUUCAGAGAAAGCAACUAAAUACAUGCAUACAGAAUACCACCCUAGAGUGAAAAGCAGAACUUCUCAGUUGCAGGACUGGUGAGCCAACAGCUUUGACGAGCGUCUGAUGAUCUCAACUACAAUUCUGGUGAACCACUCUUCAAGCACAUGUUCUAGUUUCUUCGUGUGGCUGUUUCUUUUGUUGAUGUUUGUCUCCUUUCGUACCAAAUCAUAUCAUCUAUGACCAUCACAUGUAUCCUUUUUAUUUAAUAUCCAGUAAUGAAAGAAGAUCGAAAAUGAUGGAGCAUCCAGAGCCAU